CCCACAGUUUGCACCAAUUGCGAGACUAUGACCACGCCUUUAUGGCGUCGAGACCAAGACGGCCAGCCUUUAUGCAAUGCUUGCGGUUUGUACUAUAAAUUGCAUGGCGUUGACCGACCGAUAUCCCUACGAACGGAUCUUAUAAAGAAGAGGUGA